AUGGCGGCUGCAGCCGUUGUGCUGCGGGCGCUUCGCAGUUUGUGUGGUGUGUUGCUCUUUCUUUCACAGUUCUACAUCUUGUCAGGCAGUGAGCAUUCGCGGCUCAGGCCGCUGGCUCAGGCAAUAAAGGACCCGGGUCCAACACGUACAUUCACAGUAGUUCCCAGGGCAGCAGAAAGUACCGAAAUCCCACCUUAUGUGAUGAAGUGUCCAAGCAAUGGUUUGUGUAGCCGACUUCCGGCCGACUGUGUAGAAUGCAAGACAAAUUUCUCCUGUGUCUAUGGGAAGCCUGUCACUUUUGACUGCACAGUCAAGCCUUCUGUUACCUGUGUUGAUGAAGACUUCAAACUCCAAAAGAACUUCAUCAUCAAUAUGACUUGCAGAUUUUGCUGGCAACUUCCAGAAACAGAUUACAAGUGUAACAGCUCCACCACCUGUAUGACAGUGUCCUGUCCUCGGCAGCGCUAUACUGCCAACUGCACAGUGCAGGACCACAUUCACUGCCUGGGUAACCGUACUUUUCCCAAAAUGUUGUACUGCAAUUGGACUGGAGGUUAUAAAUGGUCUACUGCGCUAGCACUAAGCAUCACUCUCGGUGGGUUUGGAGCUGACCGUUUCUACCUUGGCCAGUGGCGGGAGGGCCUCGGCAAGCUCUUCAGCUUUGGUGGCCUGGGAAUAUGGACGCUAAUAGAUGUCUUGCUAAUUGGAGUUGGCUACGUUGGACCAGCAGAUGGUUCUUUGUAUAUUUAA